CUGCUUAACCCUAAUGAUCAGGAAGUUUGACCUAAAUUACCAUUCAGACACACAAGUAAAACACAGUGUAACUGGUACCUUCCAGUUACAUCCCAGUUUAAACACCUAUUCAUUCAAAGUCAGGUUAGAUUGUGCAGCCUGUUGUUAUGUUGCCAGUUGUUGUCUGUGGGACAUGAAAAGGUCGUAUACAUCAGACAGUAAUGAACCUUUAAAAAACAUAAAUACACAUCUGACACUUUAUUUAAAGGGCUGCUCUGUUUUAUAGUUUUCAGUCAGGGUUAUAAAACAGCUUACACAUUUUUACUCUUCAUACAUUCUGUUCCUACAGUCUGGGGAACUUGGUUUUAUUUUAAUUCACGCAUUCAAGGGGAGACAGAAGACUAAACUGUAUGAAAACUAAACUUGACUACUUUUUAAUUGGCCAGUCUGUGCUCCAGCUGGUGUCUGUCCCUCUGCCUCUGCCCAUCCCCAUCACCCUUGGUCCGUCCCUCUCUGAUGAUGUGGGGUUUCUUUUGUCUCUUGUCUCUGACCUCAGCGAGUUUGUUUCUCUUCCCAUAAUCCCUCUCCUAUGUGCGCCAGCGUAUAAAAGCGAGGGGCACACUCCGAGCCACACACACUCUGAGUAAGGCUCGGCACAGGCAUCGCACACACAGUAAUCAUGUCCACUGGAGAUAAAUCCAAGACUUCCUCCCAGACUGACGGAAAGGCUGCCCAGAGCAAGAAGUCUGAGAUGGGAAUGAUGUCCUACAAGAUGUACGUGUUCGACCAGGAGAACUUCCAGGGUCGCAUGAUCGAAAUCAGCAAUGAGUGCAUGAAUGUGUGUGAGAUGGGCAUGGACCGCGUGCGCUCCCUGCGUGUUGAAUGUGGACCCUUCGUGGGCUUCGAGCAGAUGAACUUCUGCGGUGAGAUGUACAUCCUGGAGAAGGGAGAGUAUCCCCGCUGGGACUCCUGGAGCAACUGCCAGAAGAACGACUACCUGCUGUCCUUCAGGCCCGUCAGAAUGGACCCCGAGAAGCACAAGAUCUGCCUGUAUGAGGUUGGAGAGUUCAAGGGCCGCAAGAUGGAGAUCAUGGACGAUGACGUCCCCAGCCUGUUCUCCUAUGGCUUCACCGACAGAGUGGGCAGCAUCAUUGUCAGCUGUGGAACCUUUGUGGGAUACCAGUUCCCUGGAUACCGUGGCAGCCAGUACCUGCUGGAGAAGGGCGAAUACAGGCACUUCAAUGAAUAUGGUGCCCGCCAUCCUCAGUUCCAGUCUGUGAGGCGUAUCCGUGACAUGCAGUGGCACCAACAGGGCUGCUACACCAUGGCCAGCAAGUGAGGCUCAGGGAAGGAGAGAAAGAGAAAGAGCGGAGGUGAGGGAGAGGGGCGGAGGAAGCGGGAAAGGGGGAGAGACGUCUGAGGCCUUUACCUUAGUGCCUUAAAAAGGUCUUUGAUCUAAUGCAGUGAGGGGAAGGGUGAGGAUCUAUGUCUGCCCCUGACUGGAGAAAACACCUCAGUGGAAGGGCCAGCUGGACCACAAAACCAUCAGACCACCCUCCAUUCCUCUCUGUUUCUACUUUUCUCUUUCUCCCCUGUGGGCUGAGCUUUGCUUUCCUCCCUUUUCUUCUUUUAUUUUUAUUUUUAGUCCCUCGCUUCAUUCCCCUCCACAGACCUCUGAGACACAGUAGAGGGAACAGAGUGUCUCUUACUGUUUUACACACACGAUUCUCAGCUCAGGGUAUGAUGCACCAUGGGAAACUGAGUCCUUAGAGCCCCCUGCUCCCUCGUCUUCCUGCCCCUGUGCAUUGCACACCCUCUCUGCUGUACAGAAUCCUGGCCAAGUUUUCAAUAAAAAGGAAAAUCUUGAU